CUCAAAUCUCAAAUAAGAUAUAUCUAACAAUAAGAAAAGAAGAUUCAUAGAUAAACGCAAUCACGCGAAGGAAAGGAACCGAAAAGAAAGCAGGAAGACAAAAAGGAAGGGGGGUCAGCAGUUCCGUGAUUCGCCACUGAUACGGAUCGCAGGCAGCGGGAUGGUAAAUGGUAAGAUGGACCAAAAUGGACGCAAUUGGAUGAGGAGAGACUUGGGGAGGCUCCUGGACACGGCGAUGGCGUAGGUAGUCGUCCGCCAAGCGCAAAGUCCUCGUGACCGUCGUCGUCGCCCUCGCCUUCGCGUGAGUCCUCGUCCUGAGAAUGUCGUGCCGCAACCCCGACAACCUCAUGAUGAAUACGAGCGACGACGAGAGCUUUGACUACUUGUUCAAAAUCGUCUUAAUCGGCGACUGCGGCACGGGCAAGACUUGCGUGGUGCAGCGCUUCAGGUCCGGAACAUUUGUUGAGCGCCACGGCAACACCAUCGGCGUCGACUUCACCAUGAAGACCGUGCUCAUUGACGGCAAGAGGGUGAAGUUACAAAUAUGGGAUACUGCAGGACAGGAAAGGUUUCGAACAAUAACUCAGAGUUACUAUAGAUCUGCAAAUGGGGUAAUUGUAGUUUAUGAUAUUACGAAGCGAUCGACUUUCUUAAGUUUACAACGUUGGGUGGAAGAAGUCCGGAGGUACUCGUCGUCGCAUGUGUUACUGGUAUUAGUUGGUAAUAAGUGUGAUUUAGAGGAUCUACGCGAGGUGAAGAAAGUAGAAGCUGAAGCCCUAUGCCAAUACCUGCCGGAAGUUUUGCACGUAGUGGAGACCUCAGCCAAAGAUAACACAAAUAUAGAUUCCAUCUUUUUUUAUCUGGCAUCGGAACUUAAGAGACGACACGAUAAUCGUCAGAUUAGUGCGAGCGAGGAGGAAGUAGUGAAGCUCGGUGUCGGUCGAAAUCUAUCUUCUUGUUCGGGCUGUUCUUAUAAAAUAUUUUAAAUUCUUUGACAUAUCGUUCGAUGCGCUGGAUGACCGAAAUUUUUAUGAACUGAGUGUUCAAUGAUAAGAUGAAAGGCAGUCGACGAAUGUGAUAUCGCAUGAUUUCGUCUGCACCGUACAUUUUAACGUUACUAUUCUUGAAAUGAUAAUUGAAAAAUUAGAAAUUAGUAUGCUGUGUGAAGGAUUUCUCUAAAACAUCGUAUGAAUCUUAUCUUUUUAUAAAAAUUUCACUGCCCUUUAUCUUAUUGUAGCCCGAUACAAAGUAGACUAUACACGACCAACGUAAUUCUAUCGUUACAGCAGAAAGAUAUUCAGGUGCCAAAUUCAAGAUAUUAUUUUUCUAUCGCGUGGAUUGGAACAGUAGCUAUUAUAUCUAAUCUUGAGAGACAUGAAUCUCGCGAUAAAGAUCUAAUUUUUAGAGUAAAAAACGAAUCAUUUCUACUCCAAAAAUUCGCUGUUCCGGGAAGAGCACAUAUGUAUAUUUUUAUAUGCGAUUUAACAAAAACGUACAAAUAUACAUUUACACUUACGCACACGUGUUGACACUUUACCCAAUACUGAAGAGAUCUAGAGUAUCUAGUGCCUUAAAACGUCACAUUUUCGCUAAACGCACAGAUAUUCGCGAAGUAUAAUCGAGACGUUUGCAGAUUUAAAUUGCGAGUGGUAACUUAAUGUGUUUUCUUUUAUUUAUUUUAUUUAUUUGCACAUACGAAUGUUGUUACGGCGAAUAUGAAGUUUGGCCUCCCAAUCGCCGAGCACCAAUUAGAAGCUGUAAGUACUAAUCCACAGUGUCGCAUUCUCAUUGUGCAUUUUGCGCUAAAAGCGAUUGUUUAAUACUUGAUCUUUGUUAAAUUUAAUAAUUUA